AUGCCUCCAUCCCAGUCAAAAAGAAGAAAAUACAGAACUGCAAACAAUAUCUCACAACACUCCCUUCAGCAACUUCAAAACCAGUUCAUUCCCAACUCGGCCCAAAACACCAACAACAACUUUCUUCAAACUUUGUCCCUUCAAGGUCAACAGUCCUUCCUCCAACAACAACAGCAACUUCAGCUCCAGCAGCAACACCAACAACAACUCCAACAGUCGCUCCAACUCCAGCUUCAACUUCAACAACAGCAACAACAGCAACAGGUCCAGCAAGUUCAAAAAAAUGAAAACAUCUUCGAUGAAGCUGACAUAAUGUCUUUUAGAACAAUAGCUCUACAAAGAUUUACCUUAAAUCAAGAACUAAUGGACUCUAUCAUCAACAGAAAACUCCACAUCUUUAACAACAUUACACCCCCAAGCUCCUUUCCCGAAUUCAACUAUGCAAUCACUGAUAAUCACCUAAACAACUCGAUUAAUAAAAAAUUCACUAAAAAAAAUUCAUCCAUAAACCAAAACAAUCAAAAGAUCAAGUCAAUCAAUGACUUGAAAUUAACUGAUAUUUGGUUUGGCGAUAUCCAAUUGAUUAAGUCUACAUUAGAUUCAGACUUGUUGGAAAUUAAUACCUUGAAAAAUGACAUUCAAAAGAUUAAUCAAAAAUUUAAUAAAAAUAACAUUAAUAUAAUUAAAAACAUUUUUAAUGAUAAUUUUACCAAGAAUGAUAAUCAUACUAAAAAUGAUAACGAUAAUGAUAAUGAAAAUUUAAAAGAUUUAAACACAUUAAGAACUUUAUUCGUCAAAUUUGAUGACUCAAAAUUCAACUCAAUCUUAUCUAAAAAUCAAAAAAUCAAAAAAAAGAAAAACCAAAAAUACGUAAACAAAUUGGAUAACUUUAAUGGUAAUCUUGUCAAAAAGGAUCUACUCUCAAUCCUAAAACCAAUAAACUAUACCCAAGCUCCUGAUAACUACUGGAACUUGUUGGAAAUCAAGAGGAAAAAAUUAAUAGAACAAGAAUUACAAAAGAAAAAAGAACUUGAAAGACAACUUCAACUCAAAAAAGAAAAAGAAUUUUACGAAAAGAAACAGCAAGACACUCUACAAUUCCAACAAUUCCAACAUUUACAAUUACAGAACCAGCAAUCUCUUGCUGCAAAUGCUGCCACCAUCAAUAAUAAUAACAAUAACAACAGCAAUAUCAAUAUCAAUAUCAAUAACCACGAAAUUGAAAACGACAAAUCUCAAAUUUUUGAUGACAAUCCAAACGCUUUAAAUGCAAAUCUACUAUUAAAACCAAAACAAUUUGACCAAAAUUUGCCCUCCAAUGGCUCAAUCCAAAUCUCUGAUCUCUCAACAGCUACUAAACUAAUGGGUAAUCCAGAUAAUGACCAUGAUUCUGUCAUUUUACCUGUAGACGACGAUCCUCUAAAUCUCGCUGUAAUUAAUGAUGACAUUAAUAUGAAUAAUCUAACCAUGGAUAUGAAUAUUAAUAAUCUUAAUAUGAACAUGAAUCUAAAUUUUGAUGAUAACAUGAAUACUGAUAAUUUUGAAUUGAUUUUUUUGACCAUUCAAUGGAAUGAAUAA